GCCGGGGGGAUUUGUAGACCUGGAUCUGGGGAAUCCUGGGUAUCGGCCGGUUGAAGAUUAACUUUUUUUAUUCAACUAUCCACGCUGGGCCGGCGAGAGCGGACAGGAAAAAGGCAAAGAGGUCAAACAGGAAGGGAUGGAUCCGUAGGCAGUUCCACAGGGGGCCGAGGGCCGGCCGGCGGUCGGUUACCGGGAUGUUGGGCCGAAGCUGAGUCCCGAAAAGAAAGCAGUCAUGCCAGUUGUGUAGGGGGGCUCAGGCCGACAACCCAUGGAGGACACAAUUGUGAGCGGUCAUGAUUGGAACCGGCCGCCCCGGCCCUCCGGGAAAAAGGAGAGCCCCGAAGGCUCGGCGCAGGGCCGGGAAAGUAUUGGGCAGGAGGAGCAGGUGAUCACUGAGGCAGAAGUGGACGAGGAUGUUCCUGGUUGCCCCUCAGUUUACCCCGAAUGCCCAGGAGACCGGGAAGGCCAAGAAGGGGCUCCGCCAGAACCGCUGGAGAAGAAGCAAGCUGACCAACGCAACUCCAUUUCUGGAAAAUUCGUUGGACACACGGAAAACUACCCAACAGACCUUUCCCUAAAGUUGACAAUGGUGAGGCAGAAGGGUGGACUUCCAGAUCCCAAGUUGCAAGCGGAGCUUAGAGGGAGACUCCGCCUCCUGGAGAAUGACAGCGGGGAGGUCACGGCCGUCUUCAAUGAAUUAUCAGCCAGAAUGUUAUCCAUUCAUAGUGAUCAAGACUUAAUCGUGAUUACCUUUAAGACUUUCGAAGAAAUCUGGAAGUUUUCUACCUACUAUUCUCUUGGUUUUCUAAAUCACUGCUUGGAAAAUGUGUUUUUGGAUCAGUCUUUCUGGCUGCUUUCCCACGAGGACGAUGGAGCCAACUUUGAGGAGGCUGGCAUUCAAGUGGAGAUCAAUGAGGAAGCUUUAAAUCUGAUGUAUAGAAGCCUCUUAAUCCAAGAAGGGUCAUUCUUUGUAUUGUGUCCCGACAACGAAAUAAGAGAGAUGAACGUCCCGGACGGGGACAUGAAGACCUGCCGCCAGCUGUCAAAGAUGUCAGUGGAAGAGGCCGGUAGAGGAGGAAUGCCGGGAAUCAGACCCAGAGGGCCCAGGAUGAUCCCAAUCUCCGAAGCUUCUCCGGAGCCUCUGAUUCCGUUCCAUCAGUGGGUUCUGAAAAUGAACUCGGAGUUUACUGACCUCUCCAAGGCUGAACCGGCGAUCGACCUUCCAAUCGCGGUAGGCUCCACGCUGGCCACGACCAGCUAUGAGAGCAGAGGACCGGAAGAGCUCAGUUUCCAAGAUGGUGACAGGAUCGAGAUCGUCGGUUCUCUGCUGGCCUGCCUGCCGUGGUUUGUGGGAAGACACGAAGCCACGGGCCGCGUUGGUUUUGUGAAGACCGGCCUCGUGAAAGGCGAUGCCCGUACUUUGGGAUUGGAAACUAUUUAUUUUCUGGAUGAGAAAGAGGAGUCCUUUUUCACUCCCACACAGUGUUUUUCUGAAGAUGAGGCGAUGCGGUUAUUGAAGAGGACGUCGACGAUGGAUGUCUGUACGGUGUAUUGUGUGGAUAGGUUGGAAGAAACGGAAUUCCAGAGGCCGGAAGAGUCAGAAGGCGCAGCUGUAACUGGAAGUCCCGAGUUGAGCGAUGUGAAGCGUUUGGUGGCAGAAGCCCUGGACAAUUGUGGAAGGGCCAGCCCCACAGAGGAGGCAGACCCGGACCCCCCGUUGGACAGAGAUGAGGCCCCGACGGCCAACCAAGACCCCCAUUUCUGCGUGAGGCCCGGGGAAAGUGGAGAUGGCCCGGAGGGGCUUCACCCGCUGCUGCUGUUCCUGAAUCGCGAGGACUUCCAGCCCGGCUUCCGGACCCUGUAUGACUUCUCCUCCCCAUUCCCGGCGUCGUUGCUCCAUGGCUACGCCGACGAGGAGGAGGCAGUCGCUUUCCUCACGGAGGCCCGGGGGGCGGCCAAGAGAGCCAACCUGCCCAUGGCCCUGAGCCGCCUCUGCUUCCUCCUGGGGAGAACGUGCCUUAAAAAACUCAAGCUUUCCCAAGCCCGCGUCUAUCUGGAGGAGGCCCUGGGAGCCCUGGGGGGGAGCUUCGGCGACCGCUUCCUCGUCGUGGCGGUCUACGCCAACCUGGCCGCCAUUUACCUCAAGCAGAAGAACCGGGAGAAAUGGGAGCCCGCCUGGGGGAAGGCGGCGGCCCUGCUGAUGGGCAUCCCGGGGGCCGCCUCCGGCGCCGAAACGGCGUCGGACGUCCUGAGGCGGGCCCUGAAGGGAGCCGUCUGCGGCCGGAGCCGGCCGGCGGAGGCCAGGGCCUGCUUCUUGCUGGCCAAGCACUUCGUGGCCCUGAAGCAGCCGGAAGGCGCCCUGCCCUUCCUGGAGAGGCUGCAGGUCCUGAACGAGGACUUGGGCUUGGGCGGAGGCCCGUUGGCCAUCCGCUGCUACUUCCGCCUGGCUGAGGUGUAUGCUCUGAGAUGCCUGCCCCGACUCACGCUCAGCUGCGUCGAGGUGGCUUCCUCGGGCGACGCCUGCACGCUCUCCGACACGCUGAGAAGCCUAAGCCUGGUCCUCGAGCACACCCCGCAGGGGCGCGGGGCGAGGGACGACGGACGGGCCGCUCCCUCGCAGGCCGCGCGCUACCUCCGGAGAGCUCUCCGCGUCGCCUCAAACCAAGACCACCGGCUCCGUGCCUCCAUUUACCUCAGCCUGGCGGGGCUCUACGCCGCCCACGGGAAAUACGGGCCGGCCGUGGCCUACACGGCGAAGGCGGCGGAGCCGGACCCGGCCGCGCCCGCCGGGGCCGUCGUGGACCGCCUGGUCUCCCUGGCCUGGCUGUACCUCCUGCGCGGGGAGCCCGCCGCCGCCUCGGUCGUGCUGGCCUCCGUCUUGGACUUCCCGGGCAGCAGCCGGAGGCAGGUCGGCGUCGCCAGCAACAUGCGGGCCUUGGCGCUCAAGAGGAUGAACCGGACCCGGAGGGCGGCCCGUGGCUACUGCCGAGCCCUGCGGGUGGCCCGGGAGCUGGGCCCGGAGAGGAACCAGGCCGUGGCCCUGGCCAACCUGGGGAGUCUCUGCCUCCGCGUGGAUGCCCACCGGCUGGCCGAGAGCUACUACGUGGCGGCGGUCAAGGUGUUCUCCGGCCUGCCGGGCCGUGGCCGGGAUUUCUCUCAGGUCCUCCUCCGCCUGGGUCACUAUUACACCAGCGGGGCUCACCGGGACAAAGGAAAGUGUUACUACGAGUGGGCAUUUCUGGCGGCGCUGGAGUCGGAGGACUUUGAAGGCCAACUCCAAGCUCUCCGUCGCCUCUGCCACUUCUACAGUGUCCUGUCUCCCAACGAAGCCCAGUGUCUCAUCUACAACGAGUGUCAGCUGGCCCUGGCCAGGAAGACGUCCAAUAAGGAGCUGGAGGGGCAGCUAUUGGAAACCAUCAGUCAGCUUUACCUCUCCUUAGGCACUGAAAGGGCUUACAGAUCUGCUCUUGAGUAUACCAAACGAAGUCUGGGAAUAUUUAUAGACCUUCAGAAGAAGGAAAAGGAAGCAUACGCAUGGCUUCAGGCUGGGAAGAUCUAUUAUAUUCUGAGACAGAACGAAUUAGUAGAUUUGUACAUUCAGGUGGCACAAGAAGCGGCUCUGUACACGGGCGAUCCCGAGACGGGGGCACGGCUGUUCGAGGCGGCCGGAGACAUCUUCUUCAACGGCCCUUGGGAGAGAGAAAAGGCCGUGUCAUUCUACAGGGACAAGGCUCUGCCGCUGGUCGUGGGGAUCGGAGACAGAGAGGCCGAGCUGCGGCUCUGCAACAAACUGGUGGAACUGUUGCUUUCCCUGAAGGCUCAUGGGGAAUGCCUGGAAUUCGCCCAAACAUCUCUGGCCCUCAGCGUGAGCCUGGGUGACCAGCUGAACGAGAGGGUGGCCUAUCACAGACUGGCAGCUGCCAACCGCCGCCUGGGUCACAGCGAGCUGGCCGAGCACUUCUACCUCAAGGCGCUCUCUCUCUGCUCCUCCCCGCUGCAGUUCGACGAGGAAACCCUCUAUUAUGUCAGGGUCUACCUCAUCCUGGGAGACAUCAUAUUCUACGACCUGAAGGACCCUUUCGACGCGGCUGGAUAUUACCACUUGGCCCUGGCCGCUGCCAUGGACUUGGGCGACAAGAAGGCCCAGCUGAAGCUGUACACCCGCCUGGCGAUCAUCUACCACAACUUCCUCGUCGAUCGGGAAAUGUCCCUCUUCUUCUAUCAGAAAGCCAGGGCCUUCGCCACCGAGCUGAACGUCAAACGCAUCAACCUGGCCCCGGAUGGGGGCCAGCGGGGUUCGGCCAGGACCACUUCCAAAUCCCCCCGGUGAAACGCUGGCCCGUCGCCUCUUCUCCCCCCCAACAUCCCCCCGACAAAAACUCCCCAGGAUAUUUUUGUGUUUCACACCAGGAAGGCUGUGGAGGCAGAUCCAUUCGGAUCCCCCGCUGACGACGUUCACUCGAAAGACGGUUUUGCUUUGGGAUUGGGCAUCUGGGCCUUAACCGGCCAUCUCUUGGACGGGGACGGGAAGGUCACAGCAGUGUUGUGGGUCAUUAAAAUCUUUUCAAGUUCACGCUUCGACAUGCUGAAGAGGAAUCGGAUUCUUCACGCGCCGACAGGGUGGUUUUUGCGGAAUGGUAAAGCUUGGUGAAAUCACCCUCUCUGUUGCACAAAACUCUGACUUUCUGUCAUCACUGGGAUGGAAUUGGCUUUGUUUCCACUCUUUGUAUCGUGGUUUGUUGGGCGGUAUUUUGGACGGGGAGGGGGAAUAAACGAGCAAUGUCGUAGCCAGGCUAUUGUAGAUCAAUCAAUCAAUCAAAGGUAUUUACUAAACGUUUACAUUGGACUG